AUGCAAUUGUUUCAAAAAGUAAUCAAACAACAUCUACGUUUGUAUGACUUGGUGGAUCUUAUUCAACGAACUUUUAAUGUUCCUAUUAAUGGUCAGUUCUUCACGAGUUAUUCCGUUGUUUCGAUCAACAUUUAUCUUCUUACGACUUUUCAAACCUUAAGCAUUCAUUGCCUUUCGGUACUUCUACACCUAAUGUGUAUGCUGGUGGAGUUUCUGAUUUACUGUUGGGCAGGAAACGAAAUAACAAUAAACCAUGAAAAGUUUCGAAAUUCUAUCUUUCUUAUAAAUUGGACCAAGUUAAAUUUGAGAUCUCGCAAAGGGUUAAUAUUGAUUGCUGCUAGAACUGUCAGACCGAUCGUAAUGUCGAGAAAUUCUAUUAUGGAUCUUUCUUUGCAAACCUUCUUGAAGGUUUUGAAAUUAUCGUAUUCUGCAUUUAAUGUUGUUAGAAGAGCAACCUAA